UGGGAACGUGGGCAUUUUAUAUAUUAACGAUGAUAACUACUUAAAUCUAGUGGAUUUUGCAGCUGAACUCUAUGAAGGAUAUGGUACUCGAGUAUAUGAAUGGAGCUGAUUUAGCGAGAGCUGAAGCUCAGUUGCCUGAAACUUCCAAUUUCGAAGAAGUUACUGUAAAUAUGAACAUUACUCCGACAACCAAAUCAGCUGGGAUUCUAGACUCUUCACUGCCCCGAAACGAAGCAAUUGACAUAAAUUGGUCAGGUGAAGCAAACAAAGAACUCCUAACCAAGGAAAUCCGUCCAACGUACGAGUCAGAGAAGGGGUGACGUCACAAAGAUGACGACCACUUAAACACCAACCUACUCCGCCUUCUCCCUUUCACAUCAACAACUCCAAUCAUCAAGAAAACCACACAGAAACUAAGUCCACUACAACCGCAAACAUGCAAUCAAACACCUUCUACAACCUCUUCAUCCAAUUCUGCCUCUUCGCUUUCGCGAUGGCAGAGGAGAAAGUAAUUGCACAAAGCCACGGAAACAGCCUGGCAUAUGGUACGAGUGGCGGUGUGAUUGGCUUCAUCAUCUUGAUUCUGGAUAUCAUUGUCUUCAGUAAGUUGUCCCCAAUCUCCAAUCUAUCUCGUGGUAAUAAAGUGCGUUGCUAAUGUGAUGCGUCUACAGUCGAAGUCUUAAAGUCCAACCGACCUCCUCUCCACAAAGUCUUGUGGUGUCUCGUCGUCUUCUUGUUCCCUAUUAUCGGCAUGCUCGUUUACUACUUUUUCUCGAACCGUGGUGCUCACUCUGGUAGUGGGAAUUAUGAGGCUAUUCCAUAGAUGGGGUAUGAAGAUGCAUAAGAGUGGAGCCGGGUGGCACGUUGCGUCGGGAAUGUUGGGGGAUGCAACGGGUUUGCGAGGGUAUUAGAUGUUGAUGCGACGAUGGCAGGUUGCG